AUGCCCAAACGUCAUUUGAAUGAUGAACUCGUCACGCAACCCCCAAGUAAACGGCGGCGGGAUCUGAAAAGCACCCCGCCUGAUCGGUUGUCGUCUCUUAGUGACGAGCUGCUUCUCCAGAUCCUUUCAUUUCUGCCCAUCUCCUCGUUGAACAUCUGCCAAAGGCUUUCGCGUCGUUUCCAUACGCUUGCUGGAGACCCUGAGCUAUGGAAAAGACAAUACUAUGUGCAAUGGGUUCGUCCCCGAGCUCGGCGGCUGGCCAAUGUGACUCGCUCGACUCUUCCAUCGAAAACCUCCGCAGCUCGAGUGGACUAUUCGCCGAAAGUCUCGACCUGGCUUGAUCACGGUCACUUGACUGCAGACGGAAAGAUUACGAAUUGGAAGGGUCAAUACCGGCUUCGGCACAACUGGUCCACAGGAGUCUGUCGAGUGUCUGAAGUCAAAUUCACUGAGUCUCAAACGCCGCCAAUAUUGGCGCAGCUUUGUGCUGGUGUUGUCUUCACUGCCGAUACCGUGCACGGCCUGAGGGCUUGGGCGGCCAAGGACCCUGCACACUGCUUCGCGGAGAUCAGCUUUUCGGAUUCCGUGGAAACCCCUUCUAUCAAUCCGACUGCUCUUGCGGUGAGUCAUUUUGUGGAUGAGCGUGAAGUUGUAGUCGGUUUUGACGAUGGUCAAGCAUGUCGCUAUCUGUUCAAUGUCCGAACUGCCCGGCUGCAGCUCGUCUCCCGACACACGGGACUAGCUGAUGGAGCGAUCACUGCCAUGGCUCUAUCUUCUGCCUAUUUGAUGGUUGUUUCUGAGAACAAAAAUCUGUCCCUCUACCAUUUUCAAGGAUCGGCUCGAUCGUCAAGGUCCGCCAAGCUGCAGAAAUUGACUUCCCUGAGCGCAGCCAACAUGGUCGCGCCUAUGACACUCUCUAUGCGCAGAUCCGGUGUGAAUAUUGUGGCUACCAUUGUGUAUAGCUUCUUUCAUAUCAGCUGUGGCUGGUCUUUGGGGAUUCAAGAACUGCGAUUUGACCGAACCGGUCAGCAAGUGGAAUCCCGGCUGACGAGUACGGUAGAGUCUCAGCAUGGAACUUUGUCAGAACGAGGCCGGCCAGAAUCGCGAAAUCAACGGGAUUCGGUGACGUUGGAGAUAGAUGUGGACAGAAUUGCACCUGACUCGGGCGAGCCACUUAUUGUUCAUCUUCAUCCGCCAACAUCCAUAUCCUACUCCCACCCGUACCUGCUCACCUCUCAUGCGGACAACACUUUGACGAUGUACCUUGUCGUAUCGGAUAAUCAGCGGCUGUUUGUUCGAGGCGGGCAACGACUUUGGGGCCAUACCUCGUCCGUCUCUGCCGUGCAGGUAACAAACCGAGGCAAGGCCAUCUCUGUGAGUGGACGGGGAGAUGAAAUCCGCAUCUGGGAACUCGAACCCGCAGUACGCUCUCUCGGUAGCCGACCACUAUUGCAGGACGAGAGCAGCAUCAAAGUCCAUCCAGAGCAUCCCGAUCAUGAUGAGGCAGACUUGGACUCUGCACCCACCGGCUCCCCGGGAGACAUUCCGGAGGAACAUGAAGUGCCAGAUGGUUGGUCCAUCAUACAGGGAUGUGUUGGCUUCGAUGAGGAACGGGUCCUUUUGCUACGGGAAAAAGCCGUUGGUACGCAACUUCUAGAAUGCUACGAUUUUACGUAG